GCACUUUUUUCCCCCCCAAAAAGGGGGGAAAAUGUCAGUGCGUCUUAUGGAGCGAAUAUAAAGCGGCCGGUCCGGUACUUUUGCGGCCACCAUGUCAGAAUACCGGCCGGCCGCUCAGCUGUUGUCUCUUGCAGGGACUUACCUGUUCCUCGCUCCAGCACUGCACAGUCUUCCCGCACUGGCUUCUGUGACAGCCGGGUGCCCACUGCGCAUGCGAGAAGCGCUGCGCUUUGUGAAUGAUCCGGUGUCUUCUGGAACACAUGAAAGGUCCCAGAAGGCGCCGGGCCAUUCACAAAGCGAAGCGCUUCUCGCACCUGCGCACCGGCCCGGGAAGAAGAGGGAAGGCAACUCCGCGGAAGUGGGAGCGGGUACCUUCUCUGGUCUCUGGUCAUCUCCUGCACUGUGUCCGCAGUCUCUGGUCAUCUCCUGCACUGUGUCCGCAGUCUCUGGUCAUCUCCUGUACUGUGUCCGCAGUCUCUGGUCAUCCCUGCACUGUGUCCGCAGUCUCUGGUCAUCUCCUGCACUGUGUCCGCAGUCUCUGGUCAUCUCCUGCACUGUGUCCGCAGUCUCUGGUCAUCUCCUGCACUGUGUCCGCAGUCUCUGGUCAUCUCCUGCACUGUGUCCGCAGUCUCUGGUCAUCCCUGCACUGUGUCCGCAGUCUCUGGUCAUCUCCUGCACUGUGUCCGCAGUCUCUGGUCAUCUCCUGCACUGUGUCCGCAGUCUCUGGUCAUCUCCUGUACUGUGUCCGCAGUCUCUGGUC